AUGGUCGGCUCUGCUUGUACCUCUUGCAAACGUAAGCAAACCACUGCGCGCAACGCAGCUGGAGACAUCUGUUGCGUGGCUUGUGGAGGCAUCGACGGUCGCGGACGCCCGCGCAAAGAGUGUGCAGUUCCGGCUCCAGUGGUCCAUGAUGCUGUUGAAGCAGCCACUGCACCUGCAAGCGGCUCGGAGUCAGGUAGCGAGGAUGACGUCGAGUCUGGGCACUGCAUGUCAAGAGGCCUGAGUUUCGCAGCCCCGGAGUAUAGAAAGCAUGCUUCACAGCUGCCGGCUGCUUACAGAUCAAUGGCAAGCCGUUGGGCGGAAACAUUGGGCUUUGCGGACCCGUUGCUUUGGCACGCGUUUGUGUAUUUUGUCCUGCUGCUGGCGAGCAUGCAGGGUCCAGAUUUUUUUAGCCAGUCUACACGGCAGCAGUUGCAAGGCGCCUUUUCCGAAGCUUUGCCGUUGCAUCGGCAUUUGGUUUCGUCAGGUCUGGCAGCUGGCGUCUUCCCUGCCUUGGAUACCUUUAGUCGUGCUCGGCCACGGUUUGCGGCGCAGAUGUACAAGCGCGUGUUUGGCAAAGAUCGUCAGUGGAGUGCGCCGAAGCUGUCUGCCUGGCUGUUGCUGGAGUCCAUAUUCAGGUACGCAGGGGAAGCCGCCAUUGUGGAGCACUUUUUAUUCAACGACGACACGUUACCUGGCUUGCGCGCAAUUAUGGCAGCGGGACUAUGUUGCGAGAAUGCAGUGGCAGUGGCCGAAUUCCUUCGUAGUGCCUUCGUUCGACAAGCCGGCAUGCGCACGACAGUGCGCGCUGCUUUCGCCACACGUGAUGGGCGCAGACGCACGUAUGCUUCCACGGCUCGGCGUAGCGGGCAAGACAAGGCUCCCAGGGUAGUGGCGGAAAGUGUCUGUCCUGAUUCUCGUUUUUUUGACAACAUGGUGGCAGCCCUGCAGCCAUGGUCCUGUCAUGCUGUCACCUUGGGGCCAGUGUUGGCGCAACUUCUGGACACGGUAGCCACCGGAGUGGUAGACGUGGACUUGCUCGCACGUAGCAUGGAAGCAGUGGUGGUCGGUUUUCUUGGUCUUGAUUUGCUGGGUCGCCCGACAGUUCGGCAAGAUUUAUCCCCAGCACAAUGCUAUCAUUGCUACCACGGCAAGUUUCUUUUGUCGGACUUAUAUUAUUUGAUCGCGACGCUUCUCUGCCAGCGUGGGCAGCGGUUGCCCAGCGGGCGGUGCGACUGCGCACGGUGUCAAGUCCUCUGGCAUCUACGCAAGACGUAUAUGUUCUUCGGCCCGUCGCCUCUGGCCUUCCAUUGUGCACUCGAGCGCAAGUCGACAGGCGACGUUACCGUGAAUUGCCGCACGGUAGACGUUUGGCGCCGUAUGCGCGAGCUGCUGGAGGCUGAUCUUCCCGGUCAAUGGGAUCUAUAUAUCGUUCAGAUGCUGUCCUGCACCUGGCGUGUGUUUUUGGCGACGGAGCGCCGGCACGCCCAAGCAUGCGAGCCGGAAGUCGGUGGAAUAGCCUGGGUAUCCGUUCAACGCCAGCACGUUGUCCGAGUUUUCCAGCUGGAGACGGUGCGGUUGCAAGAGUUGCUACAAUGGGUCUUCUACCUGGAUUUGCGUGCGGAGUUCCAAGCAUUGUCCGGUCCUGCGCUGCGCUGGCUGGUUGACAGGGUGCGGUUGUCGCCCUCUUUACGUAGGGAUGUUCUCGCCAAGCUACUGCGACAAGCCGCGGCCGAAACGUCACUUUUGCGCGGCAAGUCGCCGACAGGUGUCUCACGUGCUAGGUAG